AUGACCCAAACAAUCUGCAUUUUCUUAAUCUCACUUCUUGCUUCCUUUUUCAUCCAUGGAACAUCAAUGCUUAACCUCACUCUCCCAGCUCAACAUCCAGACCCUGAAUCUGUUGCCAUAGAAGUCCACAGGAAAGUGAAUGAAUCAAUGGGAAGAAGGGAAAUGCUAUCAAUAUCAAGCAAAGAUUUCUCAUCCUCCUGUCAAACAGGAAACCCGAUAGACGAUUGUUGGAAAUGCGACGCAGAUUGGUCCAACAAUCGUCAAAGGUUAGCAGAUUGCGCAAUUGGGUUUGGCCAAAACGCCAAAGGAGGAAAAGGUGGUAAAUUCUACAUUGUGACAGAUUCCUCAGACAAUGAUCCUGUGAACCCAAAGCCUGGUACACUAAGAUACGCUGUUAUACAGAAUGAGCCAUUGUGGAUUGUUUUUCCAAGUAACAUGAUGAUUGAGUUGUGUCAAGAGCUUAUUUUUAACAGCUUUAAAACCAUUGAUGGACGUGGCGCUGAUGUUCAUAUUGUGGGUGGUGGGUGCAUUACUCUUCAAUAUAUUAGUAAUGUUAUUAUACAUAACAUUCAUGUUCAUCAUUGUCAUCCAUCUGGUAAUACUAAUGUGCGGUCAAGUCCAGAACACUACGGAUACAGAACAAUGUCAGACGGAGAUGGAAUCUCUAUAUUCGGAUCAAGUAACAUAUGGAUAGACCAUUGCACACUCUCCCGUUGCAAAGACGGUUUAAUUGACGCCGUUAUGGGUUCAACCGCGAUAACUAUCUCUAACAACCAUUUCUCACACCACAACGAGGUUAUGUUACUAGGUCACAGUGACCAUUACAAACCAGAUUCAGCCAUGCAAGUAACUAUAGCAUUCAACCAUUUUGGAGAACAGUUAGUUCAAAGAAUGCCGCGUUGUAGACUUGGAUACAUUCAUGUCGUAAAUAAUGAUUUUACGCGAUGGGAAAUGUAUGCUAUUGGCGGAAGCGGAGGACCCACUAUUUAUAGUCAAGGCAACCGAUAUACGGCUCCCGAGGAUGUUGAUGCGAAGCAAGUGACGAAGAGGUUGGAUUCGGGUGAAGGGGAAUGGACGACAUGGAAUUGGAAAUCGGAAGGUGAUUUUAUGGUGAAUGGUGCAUUUUUUGUUGAUUCAGGUAGUGAGAGCGAAGGGAAUUUUCAGAAAGCUUAUAGUGUUGAUCCUAAAACGGUUGAUCGGAUUUCUGCUCUUACUAUGUCUGCGGGUGUUCUUGGUGUUGCUAGGGACAACAAUCUAGGAAUGUGGACAAGAGCGCCAAACGGUGGUGGUGAUUAUAGUAUUUCAUAUUCCGGAGAACAAGAGUACACUGAUGACAUGUCCCACAGUACGAUGAUGUUGACCCAUUCAUUUACUUUGACUCUUGUAUCUCUUUUUGUUGGAUUGUUGUGUUAG